UGUAGUAGUUGUCUUGACGCCGCUCAGACAGGAGACCUAAGGAACCGACAAUCAUCUCUGGUUAGCAAAUAUAGGUUAGCACUCCGCUCAUACAGACGAAAACAUGGAGUCCGCUGUGGUGCUCUUUGUUUUAAUGGUUGGCUCUGUAUGUGGAGAAGCUGCAGCAGAAAAACAACUAGUAUAUGUGACUGUGUUGUUCCGGCAUGGUGACAGGUCUCCAGUCAAAGCCUAUCCUACAGACCCUUAUCAAGAGGGCGACUGGCCACAAGGCUUUGGACAGUUAUCACAGGUGGGGAUGAAGCAGCAUUUUGAACUGGGCCAAUUCCUGAGGAACCGAUACAAAGGCUUCCUGAACGACUCCUACGACAGGAACCAGAUCCACGUUCGCAGUACGGACUACGAUCGCACCCUGAUGAGCGCUGAAUCCAACCUGGCCGGUCUGUACCCCCCCGCUGGUCAGCAGGUCUUCAAUCCAAAUAUGCCCUGGCAGCCGAUACCUGUACACACAGUGCCAAAAAGUGAAGAGAGGCUUCUCAAUUACCCUCUGGAUGACUGCCCUCGCUACGACCUGUUGAUGAAUGAAACUGAAAAAACGCAGGAAUUCAUCAAUGUCACUUUGGCUUACCAGGAUAUUAUAGACCUGGUGAAGAACAAAACAGGACUCAAUAAGACUGAUGUGGAGUCAGUCUGGAGCGUGUACGACACACUGUUCUGUGAGUCCCGUCACAACAAGUCUGCUCCUGAUUGGGUGACUCCUGAAGUCAUGGAGAAGCUCAAAUGGCUCAAAGACUUUGGAUUUCGGAUCACAUUUGGGGUCUACAAACAACAAGAAAAGAGCCGGCUGAUGGGAGGUAUGCUAUUGGGAGAAAUAGUGAAGAAACUUUCAACAAUAGCCGUCCCAGACCAGAGGCUGAAACUGAUGAUGCUGUCAGCGCACGACACCACGGUAGCUGCUCUUCAGGCCAGUCUGAAUGUGUUCAACGGAAGACAGCCACCUUAUGCUUCCUGUCAUAUAAUUGAGCUUUACAUGGAGAAAAGCGGCUCUGCCUCUGUGUCCAUGUUCUACCGGAACGACAGCACAGUGGAGCCGUACCCUCUUCAGAUACCAGGCUGCUCUCUUGACUGCCCCCUAGAUGACUUUGUGAGAAUUACAAAGCUCUCCAUUUCAGACGACAGAGACAAAGAGUGCCAACUGCCGUCAAAAGGGAGAGAUACAGAGGUGAUCAUAAGUCUGGCGGUGUCUUGUUCUUUGCUCAUCUUCCUCGUCGCCUUCCUCCUCGGAGUUAUUUGUUGGCAGAAGGAGCCAAUCAACAACCGGGGAUACAGUCAUGUCGUCAACCAGGACGUGGGAGAUGAAUCCUGACAGAAGCAAAAACUCCUUCCCCGGAGAUUGGAAAGCCCGGCAUCUUGGGGCAGCAGCGAUGAAGAAGGACUUUGAACUCUUAAACUCCCGAGUGACCUUUCUGAAGGUUCGGGAGCCACAACAAUUAAAAUCUUUAAAGAGUGAGUUGUUGUCCAAAAUGACCUGAUUUUGUUGGGUCAGAGAGAGGAAUUUAAAUAAGAUUUUAGGGAAGCACAGGUUUUAAAAUGCCUCCCUGUCACUCUAAACUAACAUGAGUGCUGAGAGACAGGCUGUUGGAGGGACCAGGACUGAUUUCCACAUCAAGAAAACACAGCAGGGAAAAGGGUCUGUGUUUUCCCAUUGGGGUCUGAUCUCCAAUCAGCCAAAUAAGCUCAUAUUUAUACACAUUUUCCCAAAAUGUGCUCAUACUGUCACUGCAUCUGGGGUUUUUCAAGCAUAGUGGGACUCGAUUGGAUGCAGAAAAUAGUGGUACAGUUGUAAUCUUAAAUUAUGUAAUCAUGCUUUUCUUCCUGGCUUGUCUAAUAUUUCUUAAAGACAGCCCCAAUAAUACCUAACCUGAUGACGCCCAAGAUGUUGACUAAAAAGGCAAAACAUUUCUUAAUACUGAAUCCAGAAUGUUUCCAGCCCUGGUCUGUUUCCAAAAAAGGAUUACUUUUUGAAUAGGAGGAAUACAUUUGUUUGAAUGCACGUGUAAUCCUAAUGACCGUGAUGCCUUAAAUAUUUUUAAUUCUGGGUUGUGCAUUUGUUUGGAUGCCAAAUAUUUUUGUAGCAUUUCACAUUUUUGAGCAGCAGCUCGAUGUUAAAAGUGUCACUUAUCCAGAAAGAGCUGGUUUGAACAAAUAAUAGUCAAAUAAAAAUUGGGUGUAAACAAGAAUCACAUUUCAUGAUAAUGUAAAUUCAGCUUCACAUAAUAUACAUUUUUAAGGGGAUACUAGAAACACUAGAGAUCUUUACAUGUGUGUGUCUUUGAAUCUAGCUGCCUUUUUGUUUUAUGUGUGUUUAAUCAUUUAAAAGAAAUCUAAUUUAUUCCAAAUGCAGGCUUGACAAGGAUAUUUCUUUUCAGGAUUCUGGAUAUUUAAUUAGGUUACAUAUUGUCAAAAAUCAUUGUUACAUAAAACAAGAUAUUUACUGGAAAAUCUAUAUAUUAUGAUUUCAAAUUUUGCCAUAACAGUCAUACGUCGGCCUACUCCGAGCUUUCUGUACGAAAUUAUUCAUCAGACUUUGAGAAUGUGUUGCUUGUUUAAAAAAAUAAAUGCUCAAUCAUUGCAAAUGUUUGCAGAAACACAG